UUGACAGAUAACAUGUCGGCCUAGAUAUGUCAACAAUCAAAACAUUUAUUUAAAAAUGGGAACAAAACACCAAAAAUAAUCAGCCCUCUCACAUACCCCUUAAGAUGAGCAAACCGGUGCACUAGAUUUCAAGAUGCAAUACUAUUCACCGUAUAACGUUUGUCCGAAUAACGAGGCUAACUUCCCUUACAUACCAAUUAUGGCAGUUUCAGCGCCCCCAGUGUUCCCACGCUCGCAAAUAGUAGGCGAGGGGGACGUGACCUCGGUGACGCUGCCCGACGGGACUCUCCAACUGUACUUCAUACCCGUCUCGCGGACUACCUGCUUCGGAAACCAGUGGGGCGCAGUUCCAGCUUGGUUCAUACGUACUAUUCCUAAUCUUUUUGCAGCGCCUCAGCCGUUCGCGUCGAAUUACCGAGACACUAUACAAGCAAGCAACAUCUUCCUACAAAAUAAUGCAGUAAACGAAGAAAUAUCAAAAUAUCAGCUCCAAUUUCACAGUGACAAGCCAACGUCAUCAACGGACUUGCACUAUUUCUGCCCACCGCCACACUCGUUCUGGUACCCGCGGCAAUCUGUCGAAACCCAAGCAGAGCCCACCAGGUCCUGCGAGGAAUGUUGCAGGGCGUGCGCCUGCAGGCCGACCAAUCCUGCAAGCCUGCAGUCGCGCGGCAGCUUGAUGUCCAUAGACGGCAAGAAUGAAGACAAACCCACAUGCACGUGCCAUAUAAAAGUGAACAAAGUUCGGUUUAGCUCGGAUGAUGUAAAAUAUGAUAAGGUCUGUGACAAUUGUAAAAAUAAGUGCAAUGUGUUGCGCUCUACAUCUGAUAAGUCAAUUUAAACCCCGGCGGUGCUACGCCCGAUUAUGCCUCGCCUCGAGUUAAGUGACAACCAUACCUGAGUCAAAAUAAUCUGUACCAGUACGUCGUUCAAGUACGAACUAGCCUCGAUCCGCCCAAUGUAUGGUCACAUCUGAAAAUAUCGAUACGAAAAAAGUGCCAAAAAUAUAUAUACACGACUUUAUUUCCCAUAUAUUAAGGUAGUGUAUAUAUAUUUUUGGCACUUUUUCGUAUCGAUAUUUUCAGACGCGACUGUACAUUACGGUGUACACUCUGUUUCAAUGGUAUUUCGACUCUAAUAAAACAAAGUAGCACUACUAUUGACUCAUAAAAUUUUCGAACAAAUGAAAUUCAAAUACAAUAAACACAACUAGCCAUACCUUUGUAUGGUGGGCGGCACGAGGAUAUCUGAUGACAAUACUGUCGUUUUAAAUGGCAGAUGAUUUUGGCGCAAGUAUAUAGCAGUUAAUGGAUGGGACAUUAAAACGACAGAGGAUGUUGAGUGAAUUUAUAUUCUGUUAUUAUACAUAUACUUUAUCCCUUAACAUUACAUGUAUUUACAGUGAAAAUAAAAGUACAGUAAUAAAAACAAUUUGAGAUUUGUA